AUGCUAGUCUCAGCCAUGGCAUCUUUGACAUUUUGUCUCUGCGCUUCACAGCUCGGGUUCUACUUUGUAACUGGAAGUGAAAUCCGUUGGGAUGCAGUCACGAGCGUGGGCAAUGAUGCCGAGGGCAGGAAAUUGAUGCUCAGUGGCCUCAAGUCGUUCCUGGGCAGCGCAGCCAUGCUACUGGUCAUGUCAUGGAUUUUUGCGAGGGUCUUCUCUGCAGUCUUUGACCCGUGGCUAUCUGCAUUAUUCAGCACUCAACUCACGGAGGAUGUGUAUGAGGAGUCUAUGCUCGACAGCCCAAAGACUGUGACUCGGAGAAAACGUCCAUUCCGGCUGUGGACUAUCAUGGGUGUUACUGGCACGCUUGGGCUUUGGAUAAUCCGCCCUCAAGUGCCAUACAGCCACCUGUCCGGCGCUAUUCCUUUUACUUUCCUCGAGGCAUUGGUUGCAAGUUCACCGGAAGCUCAUCAGCCUGUGGACAACGCGUUCCCAUUACCAGAACUCAUUAGCGAGGGGCAUUGGAAAGCUCCAGAUGGCCGGUUCAAAGGCUGGGCGCCGAAUUUUGAUAUGGGCACGAAAACCGCGCCAACUUGGGCUUCUGAACAAUUACCACCUGGGUUCGAACGCUGGAUCCAAGAGAACAGGCAUGUCGACGGUACAGAUACGAUCAAAGCAAAUAGAACAGAGCAAAGUGCGACCACUAUCAAGAAUUUUUACAAUCCAGCUAACGACCCGUUGCGGAUUACGAAUCUCGACCAAAAACUGGUGGAGCCGUUGACUCAGGCUCUGAGGGAUCAUGACGUUCCCAUCACUCAUGUAAUUCUUGUGAUGAUGGAAAGCGCGCGGAAAGACGUGUUUCCAUUCAAGUCAGGCUCACAUCUCCAUCACGAGAUUCUCAACUCCUACAAGUCCCUGGAUACGGACCUCCUCCAACAAUUGAACGCCAAUCUAUCCCACCUCACGCCUAUCGCGGAGAUACUCACCGGUGAAUCCGGAGGUUUCCCCAAGACUAAGAGGGAUGGGCAUGAUUCACUUUGGGAAGAUACGUCUGAAGCUGGUAUGGGCGGAAUCAACAUCAAUGGUGUUUUGACCGGUGCGAGUCUCUCAUUCAAGAGCGAGGUCGUGAAUCACUGUGGAGUCUGGCCACUUCCAGUAGACUGGAUGGAUGAGAUCACGUCCGAUAUUUACCAGCCAUGCAUCAUGCAGGUACUAGACUUGUUCAAUCAAUUCAAAGACAACUCAACCGCCAGAUCUUCGAGGGAUCUUCGAGAGCGCAAGUGGACAUCCAUUUUCAUGCAGGCUGUGACUGGAAUGUAUGCGGAUCAGAAUCUUCUGAAUGACCACAUGGGCUUCAAAAAGACCGUCUAUCGUGAGGAUAUUGGCCAGGAAGGAGCAAAGUACUAUCACGAUGAUAUAGAAGAGAUCAACUACUUUGGCUACUCGGAGCGCGAAGUAUAUCCAUACAUGGAAGAUGCGAUUGACGACGCGAUCAAGAACAAUGAAAGAAUGUUCCUCUCGCAUUUCACUAGCACGACACACCACCCGUGGGCCCUGCCAAAGGAGGUCCAGAGCGAACAGUAUUUCUCGGACGAAAGUCUGAUUGGCAAGCACGAGGAUAUGAAUAGUUACUUGAACUCCAUCCGCUACGUGGACGCCUGGCUAGGCGACAUGCUCGGGCUACUAGACAAGAAGGGAAUAGCAAAUGAGACGCUGGUGGUCUUUGUCGGAGACCAUGGGCAAGCCUUUCAGGAAGACUCGCCAGUGACAGGCUGCUACGAAAAUGGUCACAUUAGCAACUUCCGUAUCCCUCUCGUCUUCAGACAUCCACUGCUACCCAAGAUCCAAAUCACCGCCAACACGACAUCGAUAUCCAUAAUCCCCACAAUCCUUGAUUUGUUAGUGCAGACUAAAUCACUCAAUGAGAAGGACUCGGGCAUCGCAAUGGACCUGAUGAAUGAAUACGAGGGCCAAUCGCUCAUUCGUCCCUACAAAGCCACCGACGACGGACGACAAGCAUGGAAUUUUGGGAUCAUUUCCGCCGGCGGCGAGAUGCUCAGUGUCGGAUCUGCCGCCGUCCCGUAUCGACUGAUCUUACCAUUGACACAAGAGUUUGAAUUCAUCUUUUCCAAUCUGGAAACCGAUCCCAACGAGGUCAAUCUCUUGCGGGGAUGGUCCGUGGACGACUUGGUAUCGCGGGUGCGGAGUGCCCAUGGGGACAAAGCCGGGCAGUGGGUUGUAGAAGCAGAGAAAGUGGGCAAAUGGUGGGCUGAGGAGACCAAAAGGCUGUAUAACCAUGCCCAUGUCGAGUGA